UUUUGCACGCAGUACAUUCUGAGUUGCGGUUCCCCUCGGAAGUGUGCUCCGACCCAAAAACCCUCAACUGGUUUUAGAGGCGAAGCCACACCGACAAGGAUGGAGAAGUCUCGAGCCGCUACUGCUCCAUCUCGAGGUUCUUUGCGGUGGGCGAUUCUUCGCCAGGCAAUCAGAACUACAUCUCCUCCUUCCGUCAAUGAUCUUUCAUUUGAAAAAUGCUUGAAGGACAUAUCUAAGAAGACUGCUGGUGGCUUCAAACUGAUCUCAAGCCGUCCUCUAAUGGGAGAACUUCACUCACUGGAGAAAAAUUGUCUGUGUGCUCCAAAUGAACUAUCUGUCUGCUAUGCGCUACCUGUGGACGGAGAUAUAGAACUGAUAAUGAUCCAGAGGUUGGACGAUUGUGUUGAUCUGGACGAUUUUAAAAUCUCCAAUGAGCAUGACAUUGAUACCACAGGUCUAGUAUGUCGUUGGCCUUCGGAAGAAGUGCUAACUUAUUUUUGCAUUAAAAGAUGUGAAAUGUUCAGAUCCAAGAGAGUGCUUGAACUUGGAUCAGGGUAUGGAUUAGCAGGAUUGGCAAUUGCAGCAAGUACAGAUGCUUUUGAAGUUGUAAUUUCUGAUGGAAAUCCUCAAGUUUUUGAUUAUGUUCAGCGUAACAUAAAUAUUAAUGCUAAAACUUUUGGAGACACGAAAGUUAAAUCAAUGAUAUUGCAUUGGAAUGAAGAGCUCCACUCAGAAAUGCUGCACACCUUUGACAUCAUCAUUGCGAGCGAUUGCACAUUCUUCAAGGCAUUCCAUGAAGGCCUUGCCAAAACAGUGAUAUCAUUGUUGAAAACUUCCGAGACAUCUGAAGCCAUUUUUCUCAGCCCAAAGAGAGGUGAUUCAUUGGACAAGUUUCUGGAGAAAAUCAAACAUGUAGGUCUAGAAUAUGACCUGGUUGAAGAGUAUGAUAGUAAUGUUUGGAACCUUCAUCAGAAAUUUCAAAAUAAAGAUGACACCUCCUGGCCCAACUAUGAUGAAGAUCACUGUUAUCCCAUCCUCGUAAGGAUCACCUUGCAAAAACCAAAGACCACUUGAAAGCCCUGAAUUGGUAAUGCCUUCUCUUGUUUGUUUAUUUAAUUUGUUUCAUUAUAUUUGUAUCAUUUUUUGAAUCGAAACAAGAUGAUUUGUGAGCAUCAGGAGAUCUCACAUGGUUGUGCUUGAAAAUAUUCGGUUUUUUUUACCCUUUUUGGAGCAAGUUUUUGAUGGAAUCUAUGAUUGUUAGUUCGUCUAAAUCAUCAUUUUAUAAAUUAAACAUUGAUUUGUACC